UUUUGUUAAACUUGUUCGAAGGUCUAUGUUACUACUCUGAUGAUUUGGUGUUGAACUCUGCCAGUUAUCGCUUUCUUAUGUGCUUAUGGGUGCCUUCCUGGAAAAACCCAAAACAGAAAAAGUAGUUAACGUGGGAGAAGGAAACGGACUUCGGUAUGCCAUUUCAAGCAUGCAAGGAUGGCGAUUAGAAAUGGAAGAUGCCCAUGUAGCUAAGUCCGAGCUCCCCAGUCCUUUCCAAUACUGGUCGUAUUUCGGCGUAUUUGAUGGACAUGCAGGAUCUCGCGUUUCAGAGCUUUGUGCAGCCAAGUUGCUAGAUGCUAUUCUUAACACAGAAGAAUUUCAGAAGCUUAGCUUUGAUAAAGAGCUUGAUACAUCUUUGGUCAAGAAAGGCAUCAUUAACGGGUUUUUAUCAUUCGACCGAGACCUAGCAUCUGAUGAUUCCGAUGAAAAAUCUGGCUCUACAGCAGUAAUUGCCUUUGUCACACCAACCCAUAUAAUUAUGGCAAAUUGUGGCGAUUCAAGAGCAAUACUUAUUCGCGACAACAAAACCUUCCUAGCGACCCAAGACCACAAACCAUAUAAUCCCAUAGAAAGUCGACGAAUUUCUGAAGCUGGCGGCAAAGUCAUGUUGUCUCGUGUUAAUGGAUCCCUGGCUGUCUCCAGAUCUCUGGGUGACUUCGAAUACAAACAAGUGCUUAAUCGCGGAGCGACAGAGCAGCUUGUUUCUCCUGAACCAGAUAUAUUCAUUGUUGAACGCAGAAAAGAAUUCGAUCAAGUUCUUCUUCUUGCUUGUGAUGGAAUUUGGGACGUGUUUGAAAACGACACUCUCACUACAUACGUCCUUCAUCGGUUGUGUUGCUUACCAUCUUUGGCGGAUGUUUGUUCAGAAAUUCUCGACACUAGUUUGCACAAGGGUAGUCGUGAUAAUAUGAGUGUCCUCCUGGUAGCGCUAGAUGCCGCCCCAACUGUGAAUCCAGAGGCAGUUUGUAAAGAAAUGGAAUUAGAUACUUCCUUAAACAAUAUGAUUGUUGACUUACGUUGAGGACUCUCGGUGAACAAAUGAAGCAUGAAGUUUCAAUAUCUUCCUAUCAUAUCAACCUGGACCUGUUUCUCAUAUUAUCCAUUCACUCAUUCAUUCCAUGAAAUUUAUUGUAAAGUACCCAAUGUAUUUGAUUGGAAAAUACAAUACAAUAGUACCGCUAGUAUUAUUGUUUUACGAAUAAGAUUACUUUUCUCUAACAUUUGUUAUCUUUUAUCCUUUAUCCACAUUUCAAGUUCUUGAUCACUCAAUACACCUAUAACUCAUGAAAUUUUAAUCCACAAGGCGUUUCACAUUGUCUUUGAGACAAUAAAGUUCCACCAUUAAUUACCGAUUCAUUUCUGAACAGUAGGUUGAAAAUAAAAUCCAAUCUUUCGACGUUACGAUUUAAUAGCCCUUUAUGUUAGAUCAAACCUGCAUCGUACUAGUUACAUCUCCUUCGUUUUAUACAGUCACUCGCUUUAAAAUGUUUUCACCAUAAAUUGGCUCAAUUAGCCAUACAAAUUAAAUCAAUGUGUAUUUUAAUUUGCAUUAUACACACUAUAAGUCAUUUGUUUGGAUUUUAAAGUCUAGUUAAUGUAACAUUCAUAAACUGGUACACAAAGUGUUUAUGUCAUUUACCUUUAUUCAUACUCAGAUAUAAUUAAUUCAGCCGGCGAAGAUGCUAACUUUUUGAAUGUGGAUUAUGUCGCCAGUGCAGUUAAAAGUAUGAAUCUUCCCAAUUAUCCUCCGGGUGGCUUCAACACCAAACGCGCUUAUGUAGAGAACUUUUUCAAUACUCAUUUCCGACAGAAUAAGGUGUUCGCAAAAACGCAACUGGAUGCUCAAAGUUAACAAAAAUUCCACUUUUAACCCUCAAAAUUAACGCCAAAUGAUCACUCAUAUCUUAAUUCAUGUCUCAUGCCAUUCUGGAUACUCUUUUAGCAUCAUUUCUUUACAAACUUAUUAUACACUUAAAUUUUCACCUGUAAUUUGCUCCAUAAUGGUAUGUGUAUGUAUUUCUAUUUAGAGACCACCCAUAUACAGUCGGUAUGUAUUCGCUUCUUCACUCCUUAAUUUGUACGGAUUUGUCUUUCUGUCUUGUCUUAGAUAUUCUGUUCCAAGCAGUGUAUAAUAUACUGUAG